UUUUCUAUUGAAGUCUUGCGCGAAGCUAGCCUCUGCCCGUGAAGGGAAACAGAUUCGUGCGUAGGUCUUGAAGCUUGGGUUUGGUUUGAUGUGUAUAUUCAUAAUUCGCUCGUUAGUAUGUGUGUGCAGAGCGGUGGAGUGAACAAUGCCCAUUUGGUGUUUGAUCAAAGUAAUUUAAGGGAUGCAAUUUCUUUCACUGCACUAAUUGCGGGUUACGCUAUGUGGGGUAACACGGAUCGCGACGGAAAGUGUUUGAUGAAAUGCCUGUCAGAGACGUGGUGUCUUGGAAUGCUAUGGUUGCUGGCUAUGGGCAAACUAGUCGAUCCAAGAGGGAUCGUUAAGGUUUGAAGAAACGAGGAAGGCAAAUGUCACCCGUCUCUGUUCUUUCUGCUUGUGCUAAGUCAAAUGCUCUAGAUUUUGGAAACUCGACACGCUUUUGGAUUGAAGAUUUUGGGCUUCAUUCGAAUCUUAAGCUUGUUAAUGCACUUAUUGUGAUCUUCAGACUGCUCGUGAGUUGUUUGACGAUAUGCCUGAAAGGGAUGUGGUCUCAUGGACUUUAAUGAUCAGAGGUUACACUCACAUGAGCAGCUAUACAUGUUUAUAUAAUCAUAAACUUCGACUCUGCCAGCACCUCUCUUUGGACAAGUCUGGUCGAUAUGUAUGCUAAAUGCAGCAAGAUGGUAGGUUUUCCAAUCAUACGACACUUCGCUUAAUUUUGCAUGUAAACUUGGUUGCCGAUCAUGUAAUUGUAACCUGCUAUAAAUUUUUAUUUAAAAAAAUAUAUCCAAGUAUAGUUCCCAACAGUAAACUCUUCCCCCAUUGUGGAAUUUGAGCCUGUGGCUGAUGAACAAACUACAUCUUGUGAGAAUCAGAUGCAGCUAAAGCUGGUAUGCCCUUUGUGCCGAGGGAAGAUCUUAGGAAGCACGCAAGGAAGGAGUGUCCUCUUGUUCGUCCAUCAGAAGUCGACCGAGAAUGACAGCAUAAUUGGAGACGACUUGAGCGACAAAGGGACCUGGGAGAUCUUCUUGGCACACUACAAACAUCAUUUGGAGAGGAUAGGGUUGAUGGGGAUAGUAUUUUGCCCAUUGAUGAUGGGGGCUGGCUCACAGUUUUUUUCCUUAUUCGAGUUUUUAGACCUGAAUCCGGUAGAAGGAGCAGCAGUUGGUCUAAUGUAUCUAGAGCUAGAGAGCAACCAAGUUAUAGGAGGAGAGAGUUAUGAUUGGGAAAUAGGAUCAUCUUCCAGAGAUGAAGAUAAUGACCCUUCAGACGAUGGAUCAGGAUCGUCGAGGCAUCAAGAUCGGAGGCUGUUCCUUGCUGCCUUUAUCAUGUGUUCGUUGAUUCUGGAUCAAUUCUGGUUCGAAUCUUGUAAUUUACUGGACCUCCAGUCAUUUAAUCUCUUUCUAACUUUCAAUAAAAUUACUUUGUUUUCACAGGAAAUGGUAAAUUCAACCUGGACCAUCCAUCUUCUAUGUCAGCUCCUUGGAUAUCCAGCCUCAAAGAAACAAACACAAAAAGAGAUUCUUGUUUUGAUGGUGGAUAUAAUGGAAUAA